AUGGCAGUGGCAAGCACAGUCACCCACCCUGGUAAAACCAGCCUGGAUUACUAUAGGAAUGACAGCACGGUGCUGUCCCUGUAUAGAAACCCAGUGAACGAUACAGACUUCAUGUGCGACAAGAGGCAGGUCAGGCAGUUUGCUCAAGCCUUCCUGCCGGUGUUUUUCUGGCUCAUCUUCUCUGUAGGCACAGUAGGAAACAUCUUGGUCGUGCUUGUCUAUUGCAAAUACCGUUUCAGGAGGAGCAUGAUGGAUCUGUACCUGCUGCACCUGGCCAUUGCGGACCUGCUCCUCCUUUUCACCCUCCCCUUCUGGGCCAAGGCUGCCUCCGAUGGCUGGAUCUUCAAGAACUUCAUGUGCAAAGUCGUCAACAGCAUGUAUAAGAUCAACUUCUACAGCUGCAUCUUGUUUCUAACCUGCAUCAGCUUUGACAGGUACAUCACUAUUGUCCAAGCGGCAAAAGCUAAAACUUCUAGGCAAAGGUGGCUCCUGCGCAGCAAACUCAUGUGCUUGGCUGUCUGGCUGGCAUCCGUGGGCCUGUGCAUCCCAGAAAUCAUGUACAGCCAAAGCAUGAGGGUGGAUGACAUAACAGUUUGCAAGAUUACAUACCCGCCAAAUGUCAGCAUGUCCUUCAGAGCUAGUGUCCUGGCCUUGAAAGUCACAAUUGGAUUCUUCCUCCCGCUCCUUGUCAUCAUUAUUUGUUACGCCCUUAUCAUCAACACCCUCCUGCAAGCCAGAAGAACCCAAAAACAGAAGUCCCUGAAGAUCAUCGCCACGAUCGUCACCGCUUUCCUCCUUUCUCAGUUCCCAUACAAUAUUGUUUUGCUGGUCAAAGCCAUCAACACCUACACCAGGGUGGCAUAUAGCUGUCAGGCUGCCAACCAGCUGGACAUCGGGCUGCAGGUCACCCAGAGCAUCGCCUUCCUCCACAGCUGCCUCAACCCCUUCCUCUACGUCUUUGCUGGGGAGCGGUUCAGGACGGCGCUAGGCAGGAUGUUGCCAAGCGGCAGCUCCUGUCGGAGCGGGGGCCAAGAGCAGUGCCCCCCUGCCUAUGACAGCCAGGAGCACAGCUCAAACUGGUCCUUUGCCAUGCUGGGCAGGCGGCGGGUGAGAAGCUCGCUGACCCUCAGCACCCAUUUGACCUCUGCCGUUAUGGCCCCUCCUUGCCAAGUCCUCUUGUAA